CUGUAUAAGGAGAGCGAGCUGGGGUUUGAAAACCAGUAUGGAGGCCGCGGAGGCCGCGGUACCCUGGUAUCGCGGGGACUUCAUGGAGAAGCGGCUCGUUGGUGCCCCAGGCUGCUAAACUCUCGCCGCCUGCGCCCCCGCAGCGCGGCCACAGGGCCAUGCUGGCCUCGCGUGUGGCGCGCGGUUCGUGGGGGGCUCUGCGCGGCGUCUGGUGGACGCCGGGGGCGCGGCCCGGCAAGGGGCGCGACCACGGGGCCCUGCUGCCGCCGGCGCCCUGCUGCCUGGGCUUCCUGGCGGAACGCUGGUGGCUGCGCCCGGCCGUGCUCGGUGUGCGGCUGCCGGGGGCUGGCCCGCGGAACCACUGCUCGGGCGCGGGGAAGGCGGCCCCUGGGCCCGCGGUCGGAGGGGCCGCCGCCGCCAGGGACCCGGGCGGCCGGUGGGGCCCGGCGAGCGCCUCCAGCCUGUAUGAAAACCCGUGGACAAUCCCAAAUAUGUUAUCAAUGACGAGAAUUGGCUUGGCCCCAGUUUUGGGCUAUUUGAUUAUUGAAGAAGAUUUUAAUAUUGCACUAGGAGUUUUUGCUUUAGCUGGGCUAACUGAUUUGUUGGAUGGAUUUAUUGCUCGAAACUGGGCCAAUCAAAAAUCAGCUUUGGGAAGUGCUCUUGAUCCACUUGCUGAUAAAAUACUUAUCAGUAUCUUAUAUGUUAGCUUGACCUAUGCAGAUCUUAUUCCAGUUCCACUUACUUAUAUGAUAAUUUCAAGAGAUGUAAUGUUGAUUGCUGCUGUUUUUUAUGUCAGAUAUAGAACUCUUCCAACACCGCGAACACUUGCUAAGUAUUUCAAUCCUUGCUAUGCUACUGCGAGGUUAAAACCAACAUUCAUCAGCAAGGUAAAUACAGCAGUCCAGUUAAUCUUGGUAGCAGCUUCUUUGGCAGCUCCAGUUUUCAAUUAUGCUGACAGCAUUUAUCUUCAGAUACUGUGGUGUUUUACAGCUUUAACGACAGCUGCAUCAGCUUACAGUUAUUAUCAUUAUGGUCGGAAAACUGUUCAAGUGAUAAAAGACAGAUGAAAGUCAUCCAUCAGCACUAGCAAGGAAGCAAUAUACAUCAUCCGCGGCAGAGCCAGUGGAAAUCUAGAGGAGUUUCCCUGUUUUGAUGUUCAGCUUGAAAAAGGACUUAUCAGAACAAACCUUGUCAUUAAAAUUUUUAAGUAAUGUGCAUUGAAAAUAAGCUUGAUCAUGGGCAUAUGCAGAAUUUCACUGUAUUUUUAAAUACAAAUAAAACUAUAAUUUAGAAUUUUUAAUCUUAGGUUUCUUGAUUAAUUAAGAGAUUAAUUAGUUAUUCCAAUUAUUGUAAAUCAUUUUUUAGUUUGUUUUUUAAAAACAUAGUCCAGAGCAUGGAAACUAAAGUUGACACCUCUCUUCAAGUAGAAUUUAGAUUGGUUACAAAGCAGUAGGGAGUUUCCUGGGUUUAAAUAUGUAUCCUAUACAAUUUGGAUAUACAUUUUUAUGUUUGAUUUUUAGAUCCGUGUAUACAUUAACAAUUCAUGUGGUUAAUAUUUGAUCAUAUAGGAUAAUAAGAAUAAAGUUAGCUUAGCUGUGGAUGAAAUAAAGUUGUAAAGAGAUUUAAAAUUAAGUUUUGAAAAUAAUAAAUGAGGUCAAACAACAUAGGUAUUGAAGUUCGUGUUCAGUAGUCUUCCAACUCUCAGGUGCCUCAUAGUUUAUGUAUCAGGAUAACAAAUAGCAAAGAUAGUUGAAAUUGAGAAUGUGGCCAUUAACUUUUGCAUCUAAAAGGCAGUGAGUUACGUUCUGGCUUCCCACUGUGUUUCUAACGUAGCAAUGUUUGUAUGAUAUUGAAACCUGUACUUAUGUUAUGUAAAUAAUAUGAAACUGUAUAUUUUUCAAAGGUUUUUUAAAAAACUUUGGGGAAUCUUUUGUUGAGAUGUUAAAAAUAAA